AUUCGUUAUAAAUAAUUUUAUUGUUGAAGAAGGUAAACCUUAUUGAAAAUAAAAACUUAGUAACCUUUUUUAUGCAUUAUAUUAUGUAUUAAAUUAUAUAUAACAAUUUCUAUCAGCUGCUUUUUCAUAGAUGUUGCUUUUAGAACGAAAUGUUUGUUUAAAAAAAAUUUAUAGAGAUUUUAAUGCUUGUAGAUAAUAUUGCAAUUUAAUAUUAAAUAUGACUCGUCCUUCAUAUAAUGAUGAUGAAAUUAACAUUAACUUAUAUUUCCACUCAAUUAUCGUUGUAUAUGCAGUGAUAACUGGUGUGGUGAUAAUAAUACUUAAUUCAAUAUACCUCAUUUCUGUUAUCAAGUAUACGCAGCAUUACUUUCCAAGCGAUAUUAUGUACAUAUUCUUGUCAACCAGUGAUUUAUUAGCUGGGCUAGUAUACAUACCAACUUGGUGUACAAUGUGGAUAAUGUCAAUGCUCCAAUCACAAUUAAAUUGUCUUCUUUGCAAAGCCUUGGAAACAGGAGGACAUAUUUUAGCUGGAGUUUCACUGUUCACAAUAGGUUGCAUUACUGUUGAUAUUUAUGUAUCAAUUAUACAUCCAUUCUUUUAUGACAGGCAUGUUACCAAUAGAAGAGCGUUUAUUCUCGUUGCUGGACUAUGGAUGUUUACAAUUACAUUGGUUACUCCAUUCGCUGCACUGAACAAAGACUAUUGGAGCAUAUUUGAGCUCAUAGCUGGCACGAUUGGGCUUUCUUCAUGUGUUAUAAUAUCAUUAAUGCACAUUAAGAUAUAUUCUGAAAUAAAAGGAAUGUGCAAAAAUAUAUCCAGUAGUAGUUCCAACCAGAUAGAUAUUUUAAAAACGAAGAAAAAGUCUGCUAAGACUGGUUUAAAAAUUUUAGGCACGUUUAUUUUAUGUUACUUACCAUUGAGCGUCUGCGUUAUUUGCCGUAACUUGAUAGUUCAAAAAACGUUUUUAGAAUCCUAUGCAGAACCUACUACAAUUUGCAUUUUCUUUUUGAAUCCAUUGUUGGAUCCUUUUCUGUACUAUUUCAGACUUUCAAGAAUUCGAACAAAAAUAAGUCGACUUUUUAACAAACCCACAGUGCACCCAACUACUUGUGAUGGACUACGGAAUUCAAAAACAAGUGUCUAAAAAUGUGUUUUUAUUGCGCCAAAAUGAUGAUAAUGGACGUAUUUAGAAAGACAUAUGAUCAACGGAUCAGAUUUAAGGCUAAUCAUUACCUGAUUGAUACAAAAAGCCUGUUGGUAUAAAACAAAUUUAAUGAUUGCAGUCGUACUAACCGGUUUGGAAAGCAUCAAAAUGCAAACAAUUGGGACAAAAACAUUUCGCUGCAAUUCACACAAAAAAUGAUUUGAUUUUGUUUUGUGUGCAUACAAGGGCCUAAAACGGAGCAAUCUUGUAGACCAUUUGUUUAUUUAUGACAUGUGCUUCAUUACUAGAGAUUGAAGAGGUUUAAUAACAUGUAUAAAGUCUAUGUAAAAGAUUGUAAAGCAAAUAUUAGCACGUUAUGAAAUUUACCUUUUUUUCACACGUUUUUCACACGUCCAGUUUGAAAUUGUUCUUAUUUGGAGCACUAUUUUAAAUAAUUUAUUUUUCACUCUUAUAUCCUGCAUACUUAAAAAAAAAUAAACGAGAUAAAAGGCUA